AUGAAGCGUCGCACGGCGGUAAAACUGCGUCGACGAUUCUUAGCGCGGUUCGCUCUGGCCGUUCUGGUCGUAUGCGCGAUGGUGUACGGUCGGGAAAACCGGGUUGUCCCAGAGAAGAUUUCGUCAGACGAACCCACGUUUCUUGGUGGUGACGCCACGAGCGAAGCCGUUGGUGACCGGGUCACAAGGGGUUCUCCACGUGUCGCUGAUACAUCGGCAGGGAAGAUCGAUUCGCUCCAACCAACACGUGCGCUUUUCGAAGAGGCUUUAAAGCAGAAUCAAACGGAGACUUUCUUCAAAGCUUUCUUCAAAAGUCAACUCGGUGAUAUUGCUCAUUUUGACGGAGCUGUCGUGCAGAAGGCAAAAUUAGAAGCACUUGUGGCGCGUUCGAUUCCAAAACUUUCGUUAUAUCUACUGUCUAGGGACGAUGGAAAUAAAUUCACGUGGAGUCACGUCGCGGGUCCAGCGACGUUUUGGUCAACCAACGAUUUCCACGCAUUCGUCAAGGAACACCUCGAAGUCAUCACGGUCGACUUCCCAGACACGUUCCACGAGGCUUACUUCCUCAUAAAUAAUUUCGACGAGCCACAAGCGGUGGGUGAAGGAUGUGUAGAUAAAAUCGACCUCCUGCGUCAACUGCACGCGAACGUCGUCGAAGGCGUGAUUUCAUCAUACGAGAAAGUGCCCGUGUGGAGCAUGUCGAAAGUUCGUGGAUGUCACACGGAUCUUCUAUUUCCGUUUCCCGACUAUUUCGUCCAUCUUCGGGAGAAGAGCGCGGCUCGAGAAGCGUGUCAGUCGCGUUGGAUGAACCGGUCAAAUGAUAUCAUAUUUCGAGGAUCCACCACUGGUUUCGGCGACGCGACAACUAACCUGAGAGCACGGACGAUGGGAAAGUUGAUCGAUGAGCCGGGAUUCGACGUUGGAUUCACUGUGGCGAUUCAAGGCUUUCAACAAUCGUGGGCUCCGCGAUUGUUCAAAGACAAAAUGUCUGGCGGGGAUUUCUGCAACUUUAAAGCGAUUAUGGAUAUCGAUGGCAACGCGCACUCUUUUAACAGGCAGUUGCUCAUAGCGGAGGCUGGGGCGGUCAUGGUGCGCGUCAACGUCUUCACCGACUGGUUUGCCGAGGGUGUUCAAAAUGAUGAAUUUUGCUUUGCCGUGGACCCCAGCGACGUGUUGAACACCUCGCGUCGAAUACGUGAUUCGCUAAUCCGUGAUCCAGUGCGCGCGGUGGAUACGGCAGAGGCAUUUACGAGACUCGCGCGGUGGGUUGUUCAAGAUGACGUCGUGAUUCAAUACUUGCGUCAAGCUUUUAAUCAUUACGUAGCCGCGGUUCAUUUCAUAGAGUAG